AUGAAAUCUGCAUUCAAAUCUGAGUUCCCAUUUGAAAAGAGAAAGGCUGAAUCUGAAAGGAUAGUGCAAAAGUUCCAUAACCGUAUUCCAGUGAUCUGUGAAAGAGGUGGCAAAUCGGAUAUUCCAGACAUUGAUAAACGCAAAUAUUUGGUGCCAGGAGAUUUGACUGUUGGCCAAUUUGUUUAUGUAAUUAGAAAGAGAAUCAAGCUACCUGCUGAAAAGGCUAUUUUCAUCUUUGUCAAUGAUACUUUACCUCCAACAGCAGCUUUAAUGUCUUCUAUUUACCAACAACACAAGGAUAAGGACGGGUUCCUUUAUGUAUCCUAUUCGAGUGAAAACACUUUUGGUGACGAUGCCCUGUUUUCUGAGGAAUGA